AUGGUGGCUGAUCUGAAAAAGACAGUUAAACAAAGAAAACGAAGUCAGAAGACCCUUCAGCCUGAGGCAACUACUGAAGACCUGGAGCAGACGUGGCAGAUAGUGUCUGAAGAACUCCGAGCAUCUGUCUUUCAGUUAUCAGAGAUUCUGUCAGAAGGCUCUGUACCCUUUGAUGCUGCGGCUGACACUCCAGUACAUGAGCAGAGGACUGAAGCUUUGAUCAGGAUUCAAGACUGUCUGAUUUCGCGCUCUGGACCUGAAGCACUGAGUUUGCUGCGUGCUGCACGGUCGGUGUGGCCUGAAGGAGACACCUUUGGAUCUGUGGAAGUGGGACCUGAGGAGGAACUAGCUCUUUUGAAACGGAUACUAUUUACUAAUCUCCCACGUCCUGUUGAUUCUGCUCUGGAGGAUGAUGGGAUUGAUUUGGAGGAGGAGGAUGAACUAGAGUCUGUCACAGUGUCCGAGUCAGAGUUCAGCUUCUUAGACUUCAUUAAAAGGUUUGCCAACCCAAAUGUUGUGCGUCCAUACUUCAUCCUGCUGCGCUCGUACUCACAGAAUUCUGCUCCUACCAACCACUGCAUCAUCCGAAUGCUUCACAGACUGGCUGUGGAUCUGAACAUGGAGGCUUUAUUCUAUCAGCUGUCUGUCUUCUGUGUCUUUAAUAAGAUUCUUGAAGACCCAGCAGCGGAGGUCUAUCAGGAGCUGGUUACUUUUGCAAAGUUUGUUCUCAAGCGCUUUUUCACGUUUGCUGCGAAAAACAGCAAAGCGUUUGUGGAAAUGCUUUUUUGGAAGAAUGUGGGUGUUGUGAGAGAGAUGACAGAGGACUAUAGUAAAGAUGGUGAGGGGUGCAAGAAAAAAGUCAAGUGGACAACUGAGGAAGAUCAAGAACUUGGGGAUCUGUAUGAGAAGCACAAUGACUCCGGAGUGCCAGAUAUCGUUGAGACACUGAUACCGUUGCUGAGCAGCACCCGUACGCGGCGAGAGGUGGUUUCUCAGAUGGUGGUGUUAGGCUUGGUUGACAGUGUCAAGGAUUUGAAGAAGGAGAGGAAAGGAACACGUAUCGUGCUCUGGACUGAAGAACAGGAGCAGGAACUCCAGACACUCUUUGAGGAGUACAGAGACUCUGAUGAUGUGUUGGGGAACAUUUUAAAGCACAUCACAGCCAAACGUUCAAGGGCUCGUGUAGUAGACAAGAUCCUCAGUAUGGGUCUUGUGUCCGACCGAAGGGACCUUUACAAGAAAAGAAAACGCAAUGCUCCUGAGAAGAGUACAGGAAUGACGGAAGAAGAAUUCUUUGGCCUGACAGGAGAGUCUCAGGAGUUGGAUCUUGACCAAGAUGAGGAAGAGGAUAAUUCUGAGGAAGAACUGGACAGUGAGGAACAUAUCGGUGUCUCAUCUAGUAAAGAACAGAAGAGCAGAUCUGAAGGCAUUCUGGAGAGAAAUCCAAAUCUGAGAAGCAUAGCUCAGGCCUUACGACAACAAGGUCUGUCAGGCCCUGUCCUGUGGCUACAGAAUUCACUUAACAGAACUGCAGAUGACCGUGAGGAGGAUGGUGUUUCUCAUCCUUUGCCACUGGUUCCUCUGACUGAGGAGAACGAGGAUGCCAUGGAGAAUAGGGCUUUCCAAAAACUAUUGCGCAAAGUUGGAAUCCGAGCACCAGCAGACGGUCAGGAGUCUUUCUGGCGGAUUCCAGACAGUUUAAGUGUUUAUCAUCUGAGGUCUUUAGCAGUGUCUCUUGACCCGUUUGAAGAGACUUCAGCUGAUGGGCAUACGGAUGCUGACAGCACAAACUGUUUGGCAGCAGAAAUUGAGGACAACAUGGAUAAUAAAGAGCUGAGAGCUCAAGCACUGAGAGCUCUGCUGCUGUCACGAAAAAGAAAAAAUUCUUCUGCACCAUCUGAAGAUUGGACAUCAUGUGAGGGCAGUGUUGAAACUGAGGAACAUGGUGACCGUUUAAUGGUAAUGAGCUCAAAGAAGAGAAGCCGAGUGUUGGACAGUGAUGAUGAUGAUGAUGAUGAUGACAAGAAAGAUGAGGACUCUGUAUCCAAGAUGAACUCUGAAAGUGACGUGGAGUCGGACAGCAAGACUCAUGCUGCCCCAGCCAAGCGCAGAUAUAGAAGAGUGUUAAGUGAUUACUAGAUAUGUUUAACACACCGAUUAAAAAAAUAUUUUUGUAUGGAUUCUGUAAUGCAAAAUUUUAAACAGCUUUAUUGACUGUAUGUCCUGUAUGAUGUAGUCAAGAUUAUCGUUGAGCUAGUUUUCUGGGUUUCAUAUGGUGGGAUGCGCUUUAUUUCAGUUAAGUGUUUUGAAAAUACCAAAAUCAUCUUUCUCUUAAUUUUACAUUUAGGAUCAACAAACAAAAGAUUUUUUUCACUUUAUUUGUUAUUAUUAAGGGUAAUACUCAAUCCUACACAAAAACAUUUUGUUAUUGAUUUGAACUUUAAAGUUUUUGUUAAUAAAACAUUGUGAUUGUUUUACUUGUAGUAAUAAAG